CUCUCAAAUUAGAAUUGUCUCUUUUCCAGAUAAAUCUUUGCAGUGAUCCGCUUGGGGUCUGGAGUUAUAAUUGAGAAUGGCUGCGAGGGUUGUGUUUGGCAUUCUAUUGCUGGCGUUGAUGGCGCAGCAGGCCGCAGCGGGGGGAAACGGCGACCAGGGGCGCAGCUGGCCCACGGAGUUGAAGGAGGAUUUUCAGUUUGAGCUCCGCAACAUCUACAGCAACCGGCAGAACGGCAGUCGCUACAACUUCCUCACCAAAUACCGCUAUCCCAGCAGCUCUGAGGCAUUCGAUUUCCGUGAGGCGGAAGAGUUAAUUCUGAAGUUCGUGCCUGCCGGUGGCAUGGGCAUCCCAGGCGACGCAUUCACUGAAGUCCUUUGCCUUGACAUCGCUAAGGCGCUCUGGGCGAAGUUUAACCUUGUCGGCUUGAGCUUCCGCAUUGAGGUGCAGGGUAUGUCGUCGGACGUCCGAAGUCACUACGCCUCCACCGUCACAGUGGGAGAUAUCGAACCUUGGGUCUCCCUCGUCAACAACUUCCCCGGCUGUGACGGCAUGGAUACGGACGAGGGCAACAAGGCCUGCCGCAUCUAUCCCACUUUGAACGGCAAGGACCGCGACCUGGUUGCCACUGCUGCUAAGAAGGCUGGCAAGCACGACAAGCCCAAGUACUGCGAUUUCUGCGGCUAAUCGCAUAUCACACAUGCACAUGGUGGUGAUCCUUCGUUUCUACUAGCGGUACAUCAAGACGUGGAUGAACGUAGCUGCCAGGAUGUGAGGCUUAAUUGUAUGGUCAAGCCGCAUAUGCAUUCUCUUUUGAUGUGUGUGAUCAUAGGCAAGCAUGUGUAUGGCGGUAAGGGUCUUACACAUGGCGGAAGUCAGUAGAGCAUCAUAGGCCAUCAUGCACAUGGGGAGGCCCGGGGGACUCAGUGCAGGUUAGUAUCGGGUCAGUUGCUGUCGGGAGGCGGAUGGUACAGCGCCACCUGCAUGCACUGAGUGGGAAGAGCUGGAGUCAUCACCUGAAGACAGUGAUGUGGUCAUCAAUGAAUUUCCUCUGGAACACAAGCAAACUCGUGGCUUGGUGGCUGUCCGUUGUAAUGAACACGCAAUUCU